AUGGCAGUUAAAUGGACUAUUAAUAAUCGUGAAAUUUAUGUUUCAUUCCUAUCGCUAAUAUUCACUUACUACAAAAUGGUUGCUCCUGAAAGCCUGAUGCAGGCUUUGGAAGAUCUUGAUUAUCUAGCAGCCCUGGAUAAUGACGGAAACCUUUCUGAAUUUGGAAUUAUUAUGUCAGAAUUUCCCCUGGAUCCACAACUGUCAAAGUCAAUUCUGGCCUCGUGUGAAUUUGAGUGUGUUGAUGAAAUGCUCACCAUUGCAGCCAUGGUAACAGCUCCUAAUUGCUUCUUACACGCACCUCCUGGAACAGAGGAGAUUGCUCUUACUUGCUGGCGAAAAUUCUCACACCCUGCAGGAGAUCACUUUACUCUUAUCAAUGUCUUCAACGCCUUCAAGGAAGCCAGUGCAAACUCGGCAAGCCAAUACUACAGUAAUAAGAAAUGGUGUCGUGAUUAUUUUCUAAGCUGUUCUGCACUGAGGAUGGCAGAAAUUAUCAGAGCCGAACUAGUAGAGAUUAUGAAGCGUAUUGAACUUCCCAUUUCAGAACCGAACUUUGGAUCAAAAGAAAACAUACUAAGCAUUAAGAAAGCUCUCUUAACUGGUUACUUUAUGCACAUUGCUCGAGAUAUAGAUGGCUCAGGUAACUACUUAAUGUUAACACACAAGCAAGUGGCCCAGCUUCAUCCUUUUUCAUCAUAUUAUAACACCAGAAGGGUUCCUGAGUGGGUUUUAUUCCAUGAGUUUCUUGUAUCGGAAGACAAUUCCAUCAGAGUCAUCUCGGAGAUAUCACCCGAUCUAUUCGUGGAGCUGGCACCUCAGUACUAUUUUAACAAUCUUCCUCCUAGUGAAAGUAAGGAUAUUCUGCAGGAAGUGAUCAAUCACUUGUCACCUGUUUCAGCCAUGAAGGAGGAACAGAAAACUAACAAUGACAGCACAGAAAAUGAAAAAUUUCCCCAAACUCCCAUUGAACAAAGAUGUAUUGUUCAGUGA